AUGGCUAAUGGACUCUUCAAUCUUUGCCCCCCCGGCAAGAAACCCAUUGGUUGUAAGUGGGUUUACAAGGUCAAACUUCAUCCUGAUGGUUCUCUUGAUCGGUAUAAAGCACGUUUGGUGGCAAAAGGCUAUAGUCAGGUUGAGGGUUUGGACUACGGGAAACUUUUGCCCCUGUUGCAAAGCUUGUCACCGUCCGCCUCCUUCUCGUCGUUGCUUCCACGCGUCGUUGGCAUCUUCAUCAGCUUGAUGUCAAUAAUGCUUUCCUCAAUGGUGAUCUUGAUGAAGAUGUUUAUAUGCAUCUACCUCCUGGAUUCGGACGAAAAUGGGAGACUCGUGAAUAGUUUACAAGACAUUGAAGCAACCAAGUCAUACUUGCUGCAACAAUUCAAAUUGAAAGACCUUGGUCAACUGAAAUAUUUUCUUGGCAUCGAGAUUGCUCAUUCUAGCAAAGGCAUAGCCCUUUCACAACGCAAGUAUGCCCUUGAAAUACUAGAGGAUGCAGGACAGCUUGGUGCAAAACCAGCCGAUUCACCCAUGGAGCAGAACUUGUCCCUUAGCAAACAUGAUGGCGACUACAUUGAUGAUCCAUCUUCGUAUCGAAGGCUUGUGGGGAGGCUGAUCUAUUUGACAAUUACCCGCCUGACUUGGUGUAUGCUAUUCACACUCUAA